AAUAAUGAAAGAUGCAUAUAAAGAAGAAAAUAAUAUUGCAAUACAACAAAACUGUUCUUCAUUAGAAUUGCAAAUGAUUUUUAAUAAUAAUCUUUGUCUAAAUCAACAUCGUUACAAUAUACCAAGAGUCAAUAAAGUUGCUGCAGUACUACUUGGCCCAGAAAAUAAAAAUUUUCCUUCUUAUUGUUUUGCAAUAUGUUCAUACAGUGAUCAACUUACAACAAUUUCAGUAAUUAAUAAAUAUUGUAAUCCAAUAUCAUAUCCAUUAUUAUUUUCAAGAAGAAAUAUAGGCUAG